AUGGCCACCACGAGUCCGCCGUGGGCCAAGAUAAUCCACCAGGCAGUGGAUAGCAAUAUAGAAGCAAUCAAGACAAUCAACUACCAGAUUCACAGCGAACCGGAGCUCGCCUACGAGGAGCACAAAGCCCACGCCAACUUUGUCUCGCUGCUGGAAUCGCUCGGCUUCCAGGUCACGCCGCACGCCUACGGUGUCGCGACCGCCUUCUCCGCCGAGUACGGCGCCGGCGGGCGGCUGGUCGUGUUCAACGCCGAGUACGAUGCGCUGCCCGGCAUCGGCCACGCUUGCGGCCACAACCUGAUUGCGUCGGCCGGGCUGGCCGCUUUUUUGGGCGUCGCGGCCGCGCUCAGGCAGACGGCGACGCCGGGGCGCGUGCGACUGCUCGGCACGCCCGCCGAGGAGGGCGGCGGCGGCAAGAUUCACCUCAUCAACAACGGCGCCUACCGCGAGGCCGCCGCGUGCCUCAUGACGCACCCGGGGCCCCAGUACCUUUUGUCCGGAGACGUCACGGGUGUGGCGGCCGUCAAGAUGCUCGCCAACGUCAAGUGGCGCAUCUUCUUCACCGGGCAGACGGCGCACGCGGCCAUGGAGCCCUGGAACGGGCUGAAUGCGCUCGACGCCGUCUGCUUGUCGUAUAAUGCCAUUUCCAUGCUGAGGCAGCAGAUCCGUCCGCAUGAGAGGAUACACGGUGUUAUCAAGGAAGGCGGUGACCGCCCCAAUGUCAUUCCUGGAUCGACCAGUGUCGACUACUACAUCCGAAGCGAUACUCUGGCCGCCGCGGAGCGGUUAUGGACGCGUGUGAAGCUGUGCUUCGAAGGCGCCGCCAUUGCCACGGGCUGCCAGGUUCGAUACGAGCCCAUCAAUUCGUAUGCGGACCUGCGUUCCUCCAUGGCGCUCUGCAAAGAAUUCGUCGCCACACUCCCCCAGGGAACAGUCUCCCUGGACGAGCCGGCCGACUUUCUCGCCGGCUCCACGGACAUGGGCAAUGUCACGUAUGAGUGCCCUGGAUUCCACGGCGCUUUUGGCAUCGAUACCGAAAGGGGACAGGGAAACCACACCAGACCAUUCGCCGAUGCGUCUGGCCUGGAAAGGUCGUUAGAUCGAGCUGUAGAAUGGGGGAAAAGCAUGGCUCUGGUCGGGUAUCGGGUCUUGUCCGAUGACGACUUCAAUCGAGAGGUUCAGGAGGAUUGGAAGGCAGACAUGAAGCGGGCGGCAUUGUAA